UUCUUCCCCAAGUCACAAGCAACUUGUUACAACUUUUUUUUUUUUUUUUUUUUUUUUGCCCUUACCAAAACAAAUUAAAUACCAAAAGGAAAAGCAAAUGAAGUCCAAGAUACUUCAUUUCACUAUAUUUCUUACCUUGUUCAUCUCAGCAACUUGCUUGGCCUCCAAAGCUGGGGUCGGCAGCGGCGGAAGUGGUGGACCAAAGGUUGAGCCUCAAGAAAUGACUUCGGAACCUAAUGCAGCAACCGGUUCACCAACUGGUGCUACUGGUUCGGGCCAUGGCCCAAACUAUGAUUACAAUUGGGGAUGGGGUUCAAGCCCAGGAAGUGGAUGGGGUUAUGGUUCUGGGUCCGGUCGGUCCCCCGACGGGUUUGGCAGGGGUUGGGGUUUUGGGUUCGGUUCGGGGUCUGGUUCGGGGUCUGGUUCAGGGUCUGGAUACGGGUAUGGUAGUGGAGGUGGUGGAGCACGCGGUGGUGGGUACGGUUCUGGAGCUGGUUCAGGAAAUUCAGGUGGUGGUGGCUCUGGUGGAGGAAGUGGUGGUCAGGGAGGGCAUGGUGGUCAUUCAGGACCGUUUCCAGGGGACAGAAACCGCCAUGGUUGAUGUACUGGCUAGAAGAACAUGUACUCCAUGUUUGCAUAUCAUAUUGAAGAAGAAUGCCAUAUGAUCUAUAUAAGUACCAUAUAGGUGUGUAAGCAUUUUAUAAUUUUAAGUUGGCUAUAUAUAUAUAUAUAUAUAUAUAUAUAAAAGCCUUUAUUAGUAUAUUCCAUAUUAACGUACUAUGUACAGGUUUGCCUUGCAUCACUCUAUUUCUCGAUCUACUAUGUUGCAAAGAAUUAGAACAUUUUUUCUCGUGGGUACACAGGGACUUCUUCUAUAUAUCAAUGUAAUAUUAAUUACUAUAUAUAUUUUUAUUAUAGAA